UCUGUUACAAUUUAUUCAUCCCUGAGCAAAAUAAUGGCGAAUAAGAACGGAAAUAAUGCAGAGUCGUGGCUUCCUCUAAACGAGGAAUUCUCCACUCUUGCAAUUCACGCUGGUUACACUCCGGAUGAAAAAAGUAAUUCAUCAGUUGUUCCACCAAUUUCAUUGUCAGCGACAUAUGCACUGGACACUCCAGCCAAAAACCGGGGGUUUGAAUACUCCAGAACCUUAAAUCCAAAUCGGGAUAUCUUAGAGAAAAGAUUGGCUGCUCUUGAUGGUGGAAAGCAUGGGGUUUGCUUUUCUUCGGGAAUGUCGGCAAUUUCGGCUCUGAUUUCUCUUCUGAAAAGCGGGGACCACGUUAUCUCAAGCGAUGACAUUUAUGGAGGUGCCAAUCGAUUAUGGAGGAACAGCAUUGAGCGAAACAAUCUGCAAGUUGACAUUAUGGAUCUGACAAAUAUUGAGGGUUUCAAAAAGGCAUUGAAAACAAAUACAAAAAUGGUUUUUCUUGAGACUCCAGCCAACCCAACUUUGAGGGUGUUUGACAUCGCUUUAAUAGCUAAAAUUGCCCAUGACUUCUCAAAGGAGAUCUUAGUUGCUGUUGAUAACACGGUCCUUACAUCAUUUUUCCAGAGACCACUCGAUUUGGGAGCAGAUCUUGUUCAUUACUCUUUAACAAAAUAUAUCAAUGGACAUACCGAUGUCAUCAUGGGGGCUUUGAUUACGAACAGUGAUGAUCUGAAAGAGAAGCUCAAUUUCUAUCAAAAUGCGUUUGGAGCUGUUCCGUCUCCGUUUGAGUCCUAUUUGUGCACUAGAGGACUAAAAACCCUUCACUUACGCAUGCCUGCGUUGAUGGAAAACUCUUUGAAAAUUGCAAAAUUUUUGGAGAGCCAUCCCAAAAUAAAAUCUGUGAAUCAUCCAGCACUAAAGUCGCACCCCCAGCAUGAGUUGGCACUAUCGCAGUCAUCGGGACAUUCCAGUCUCCUGUCUUUUACCAUCAAGGAACCUGGAUCUGCACUCAAAUUUUUGGACAGUCUGAAAAUGGUUGCCAAUGCAGCUAGCUUUGGUGGUUGCGAGUCAUUGGCUGAACUUCCUGCUUUUUACACGCAUAUGAUGGUGCCAAUCGACCAGAGAUUAAGGCUAGGAAUCACUGACAAUUUUGUCCGACUUUCUGUCGGUCUGGAAUCUGCCAAAGAUUUAAUUCAUGACCUUUCACAAGCCUUAGAAAACUGUUAAUCCCUCAUUAUGAACACAUUUUGUUUGGGACAAAAUAAAUCAUAAUUGGUUUUAAAGACAACUA